AUGUCGGUGGCGCCGGCGGUAAAGCGCGAGCGCGACUGUGCGAGCGGGGGCGGAGGCGCCACUGGUGGCGAAGGCGAAGGCGGCGGCAGCCCCGGCCGCAAGCGUCGCAAGCAAGCAGCGCCGGCGCGCGCGCAUCCUCCGCCGUUAGAUCUCCACACCAAGAUGGCCGAUAUCUACAAGAGCGCGUUUGCAUUCGGAGAGCUAACCCUGCCCGCUUUCGAUCCUCUCGCCGCGUUCCGUCUACUGCCGCGCCAUGAUCCUCCGCGCAUAUUCAACCCAGAGGCCUACUGUGAUCUCUGCUGCAAGGAAUUCUGCAAUAAAUAUUUCCUGAAAACCCAUCGAGCUAACAAACAUGGCAUCUACGAUGGUGAGCAGCAGCCCCAUCCUGGUCUACCACCCCAAGUGCAGCCCUCGCCUCCACGACGUUCUUCUGACGAAGACUCUGGGGGCACACCGCGGCGACUCUCACCAGACUCUGCGAGGCGCGCUCGCGAGGCUGCCUUCCAACCUGAUGUUCUGCGGCGACUUGGAGUGACAAACCCAGAAGCCUUUUGCGAAAUAUGUUGCAAGGAGUAUUGUAACAAAUAUUUUUUGAGAACACAUCGCGAACGGAGGCACGGUGUUCCUGUACAUCGGUCACCCAUUGCGGAACGAUCACCGGCGGCGGUGACUCCACCAGCCGCUACAACACAUUCAUCUUCGCCAUCUGCACCAACACCACCGAGAGUGCUUUCAAUUCCACCACCUUACGAUUCCGAAGAACCACUCGAAGUAAAAAGGGAACGAGAAGAUCGAGACGAGUUUGAGGCAGUAUUGCGAGAAGGGCAAACAAGCCCGUUGAAUUUGAUCGUAGAGGAGCGUGGAGGGGCGUCUCCCGGCUCCGCGAGCGAAGAACUGCGAAAGUUGCAGACUAUGAUAUCACAACUAAACGAGCUCGCAGCAGAACGGCUCGCUGAGGAGCCGAACGAAACCCCACGACCACCUUCUUCUUCACCACCACCCCAGGAUGAACGACGAUCUGGAGGAGCUGGUUCCAGUUUUUGUGAAAUUUGCAAUAAAGAACUAUGCAAUAAAUAUUUUAUGCGAACUCAUAUGCAACGUAUGCAUGGUAUUUCAUUAGAAAGUGGAACGCAACUAGGCGGCGUGACCUGCGAUAUUUGCCAUAAAGAGUUAUGCAGCAAGUACUUUUUACGAGUUCACAAGCACAACACCCACGGUAUCCCUGCACCGCCCUCACCAGCCAAUGCGUCACCGGCCGAACCCUGUCCGUUGUGCUCGCGUCGUUUCCGUGGGCCGAGGGCGUUGCGGGCCCAUCUACUCGCAGAACAUGCGCCACCUACGCGACCGCCUCCACCGCCACCGAUGCCUCCGCGUCCUCUAGACUUACUUGCUCGUGACAAGCCCUACGCCUGCGCUUACUGUCCCUUCACCACGGAGGUAUUAGCUUUCCUGUUUGCUCACGAACGAGCACACAUACAACGUGCAAACGAACAAGCAGAAAACGUUGAGCCAGAGGGAGAGGUCACAACUGAAGAACCGAGCGAAAGUGGUGAAAUUGGAGGAGAGAUGGAUGGCGAGAUGGACGCGUACUCGUGUUCACGCUGCGAGUUCCGCGCCGAAGGGUUUGCGGCACUGGAGGCACACGUGAGAGCGACACAUGGUGGUGCAGGUGCUCUGCUGGCAGUGCCCCGAGCGCCGCGAGCACCUCUGACCAUGCAGCCGUUCGUGCUGGAGGAAGCGGGCGGUGCGCUGAGUCUGUUGCCGGCGCUCGUGUUCCUGCCGGUGCGACGUCGUGCGACCCGCCGCGCCACCGUCACGCUCACGCUGACGCCCGCCUAG